AGUGAUCUGAUCGAUUUCGAAAGUGAGUGGAAGGAGGCGAGCGCCACAUUGGUAUCGCUGCUCAACCAGCGGAGUGUGAGCAAGAGGCAGUGGCAAGAGCUGUUUGUAACAGUGCAUCGCAUUUGUACGUGGGUCGAAGAUGGCAGCAAUCUGGUGGAGGAGGAGUUCCAGAAGGAAGUGCAUCGUUACGUUCUCGGUGCCAGCAACCGUAUCGGCAUACACGAGGAGGAUAAUGCUAUCUUGCGGGCCUAUGUCGUGGAAUGGGGCAAAUUCUGUGCGCAGGCUGAAUAUAUUCCCAAGCCGUUCUGCUACAUUCUGGAGCAUUUCCAUACGGCCACGAAACCCGCACCUUCAAUGCAAGAUACCGUCGAUUUAGUUUCACUGAAAAUGUUGAAUGACUGGAACGAGACGAUCUUUACGGGCAUGAAGGCCAAGUUGCAGAAUGCAGCGCUGCGUUUGAUUGAGGCGGAAAGGAACGGUGAAGAUUUUGAUCCUCAGCUUGUCAUUGGUGUUCGUCAGUCCUACGUUUCGCUGAGCUUGAUUAAUCACGAUAACUUGGCUGCCUACAAGGAUAAUUUCGAAAGAGCCUAUAUCGAUGAAACCGAGCAAUUUUAUAUGUCGCAUGCCCCGCAGCUUGCGGAGCGUUGCGUUGCUAUACUCGUUGUUCAGUUCCAAGAGCAGAUCCUUUCCGAAUGUCCUGCUCUCAUUAGUGAACGUCAGACCGAAAAAUUGCGGAUGUUGUAUCGGCUGAUUAAUAAGACCCCGGAUGGUAUCGACCCUAUUCUAAAAUAUUUGGAUGAAUUUAUUAAAGCAGAAGGCUUGAAUGAUAUGUUGGCCAAUGCGGAAACUAUCACCACAGACCCUGAAAAGUAUGUGGAGCAGCUGUUGACAAUGUUUUCAAAGUUCAGCCAACUUGUUCUAAAUGCAUUUUACGAUGAUCCACGCUGCUUGACUGCUCGAGACAAAGCUUUCCAGAGUGUUGUUAACGAUACUUCUGUUUUUAAACUGGAAAUUGCGAAUUCGAAAAUUAGAGGUGCGGGCCGAGUUCAGGCGGAGUCUCGAUGUCCAGAACUGCUGGCGAAUUACACAGAUCUGCUUUUGAGAAAAACUGGUCUUUCAAAGCGGCUCACUUCCGAAGAAAUUGAUACCAAAUUAAAUGAUGUCGUACGCUUUUCUUCAUUCUGA